AUGUUUUUUGUUGUUGUAGUUCAAAAGCCGAAAAAGACGAGGAUUAUUCCAAACAUAAAGGCACCGGAACUUAUCAAUGCACCUUUUGUCCGUGGUCGUCCGAGUCGGAGAUCUGGAAAUCGUUAUUACCGACGCGUAAUAGUUGGUAAAGAUGGAUCCGUUGAGUCAGCAGAGGUGACUGAGAAGAACUACAUACGCAACUCAGAUGCGUUCCGCCCUCUACUUUCUCACUCCUUUUACGGUGAAACAAAGCCAAUACCACCGGGAGCAAUCUCUGCAGCAGCACAUGUGGAAACUGCCCAGCAUUCCUAUGCCCACCAAUCAGCACCUAGUCCAACGGUUGCUACGGAGACAAAUGUAUCAACGGCAGCCGUUGUGCCUCCAGUCUCAACAAACGAGCAACCAGACCAGCCCACCGCUGCCAUAAGUGCGAAUACUCAGCAGCCUAACCAACCGCCUAGUGGCAACAGAUUUUUCCGCAGUAAUCGUAUUUCGGAUGCUGAAAUGAAGAAACGUGAAUAUGUGACCAAAGAAUUACAAGGUCCCGCAAAUACCCGCGUACAGGUCCUUCGGCCAUCUAAAUCUGAAGCCGAACCUAUUGAGGGUGUGGAAGAGUCUGCCGCAAACUUCAUGGCUGGUGUCGGCGUUGUCAGCACUCCAAAUGCCCACCGACGACGUGGGAAGAGAACCCGCGGAAAGGCAAACGAAUUGGGCGCUGUUUCUGAACAACAACAGCAAGACAAAAACUUACAAGAAGAUAUUGACGAUGGCUUAGAUCUAAAUUCGGAGGAAAGGCUUCUCCUCAUGUCGUUCUUCAAUGAGGCACCCGCCGAAGAGCUGUCACUCAUGCCUGGCUGCUCCCAAAAGACUGCCGAAAUCAUCAUUAACCUCAGACCCUUCAAGAAUUCGACAGACUUGAAGCUGCGGUUGGACUCCACUAGGCAUCUUUCUACCAACCUGAUUGACUCCUUCAAGGAGCUCAUGUAUACUCGGACAAUGUUCUCGUCUCUCUUGAACAGUUGUGAAGACAUAAGCCUCCGAGUUUUAGGGCGUCUGGAGAAUCUGCUUGCGGAUUGUGUCAAUCUUCCGGCAUCCGAGACCACUGACGCAAGGGGCGACUCUGAGGGUUUCCUCCGAAAGGAAAAAAUUGACAUUCUACGCGAGCAGCCUGUCAUAUUGCAUCCUCUGUAA